CAUUUGCGACAUCAUAUUAUCGAAGGUCACCGUGCACCGCGUAUUGUUGACCCCGCGUGGCACGUGACCGCUGCCACCGCACCGUACAACACGGUGCCUACUGGCGAUGCCAGGCUACGGUCAGCCUUACGUGAAGUCUGACGCAUUUCCUGGUAUUCAUAGUAACACUGAUGGUUCACACAAUUCUUUCAUUCACAAUGUUUCGGCACAUUUAUUGGAUAAUUUGCAGUUUUCAGGGGAGGAGCUGGUGGCGGUUCCAGCGGCCCCCACGGCUACUCCCGUCGGCGAGGACCUCCCAGCGCCCAGCGACACCUCUCUGGCGAUGUUGCAGCCGGCCAAGAAUGCUGCGAUGAUGGAACACCACCACAUAUCUAGCGACAAUGUCUUGGAUGGUUCAGAGUUUGCUCCACUAUUUGCAGUUAAAGAUGAGCCUCUGUCGGACGGAGAGGGUCAACUUGCCAGCGGUGAUGAUACAAGUGAUUCCAGUUGUAGCACAUUGGAGCACACCACUAGACCAACGGCGAAGUCCUGGACCCAGCAAGAUAUGGAUAAGGCUCUCGACGCACUCAAAAACCGUCACAUGAGUCUAACUAAGGCAUCAAGUACCUACGGUAUUCCAUCUACGACGCUCUGGCAACGAGCACACAGAUUGGGUAUUCAUACCCCCAAAAAGGAGGGCAGUUCUAAAUCGUGGAGCGAAGAUGACCUUAAGUGUGCCCUUGAUGCGUUGAGGAAUGGAGCCAUAUCUGCCAAUAAAGCUAGCAAAGCUUAUGGAAUACCCAGUAGCACGCUGUACAAGAUAGCCCGGCGGGAAGGUAUCCGUCUGUCCGCGCCGUUCAACGCUGCGCCCACCACGUGGCGCCGCGCCGACCUCGAGCGCGCUCUUCACGCCAUCCGCUGCGGCGCCGCCACCGUGCAGCGUGCCGCCUCGCACUUCGGAAUACCCACAGGAACACUGUAUGGGCGAUGUAAACGUGAAGGUAUAGAGCUAUCUCGCUCUAACCCCACGCCAUGGUCUGAAGAUGCCAUGGGGGAAGCUUUAGAAGCUGUCAGGGUUGGACAAAUGUCUAUUAACCAAGCGGCGAUUCAUUUCAACUUACCGUACUCCUCGCUCUAUGGACGGUUCAAGAGAUGCAAGUAUCAACCGUUGCAGGAGGUUCAUCCGGUAGCUCCAGAACAGACGGAGGAGCAGAGUUUUACUGAGCCGAGUGCGGGGUUCUCAUUCUACGACGUCCAACACGCGCUAUGUGAGGGCGAAGCGCCCGUCUUCCACGAGCAGUUCUCCCAUGCGCUACAUUACACACAUUGCGACGUCACCAGCUGAACUAUUGCUGGUUGCUCGAGCUGGCAGCAACUACAUAGUGGGGCUAUGCACCAUGUAUUGGGCAAAUUGAGUCACACGACCCACAUCUCACAUGAAUGUUUUCAAUUUGUGCGUGGAAGGAUUUGUGUAAUAUGAAUUGUGUUAAAUUAUAUUUUCACAUCUGCUAGACAAUAAUAUCUAAGUAAUUAUAUGUCACUAAAUGUUAAAGUAAAGUAAGUCCUUAUUACUUUUCAAAAUGAAAAAGGUGGAUAAUAUUAUACAGAUUCCCUCGGUAUUAAAAUGAUUUCAAUUUGGAAUUUUGAAAUAUAUGUAUGAAAACUCGGAAUAUCAUCUAAACAGGCCAUUGACCUCUACUAUAUACCACUGGACUGGCGGCUGUCAAAGUGCUUUUGUGCCUGUUUGAUACUCGCCAUUUUGGUGCUGUUGGCCAUGUAGCGAGAGUCUGCGGUACUAAAACUAGUGAUGACAACUUAGAGGACAACAUAAAUGGUGAGAAACUAUUUACAAAAAAAAAAAAUCUAUAUUACGUUGAUUCUUGUAGUAUAAAUAACUCGGAAAACGAACGAAAUUAAUUCAAAAUGAAAAAUUACUUCAGACUAUUGUAUGUUUCUUCGCAGCCAUUUGUAAUAUACGUCAAAAUUAGUUCUCUGGACUCGCGAGUGGCGCUUCAUAGAGCCACAUUAAAUUUGCUGUCAAACUUUGUCAAACAUAUGGAACAGCCUGUCCAGUGGUAUUUUUACAGGUCAGUGAUAUUUUGUAAAGAACUUUUGAUGUUGUUUGGCCAAUGAAAUGCAGAAUUCACUUAUUUAGGACUCAACUUUAACUACUCUAUAUCUAUCAUUUUGAUCUUGUUGUAGAAAAGAUUUUGCUAUCUGUCAAAAUAGUUCUUUCUCAAUACGAACAAAGCUGUUUGCCUAAACUGCAGCCGUGGGUUAUAAAAUUACUGGCGGUACUAUGUUUUAUAGUCGUCAGCGAUAGGUGGCGUUCUGUGUCAGGUGACGCGAUCACAUCCGAUUACAGACAGAUUUUCAACCAUUCCUCUUUAAUGACGUUUUUCAUCAUUCAUCUAGUAUUUCUGAAUACACAAAAUUUUAGCAAUAAUAUUGUCUACAACGAAAAUUACAAUUUUACUUUAUACACAGUCAACCUUUACGCGCAAAAACGCGCGUAAACCUUAACGUCAAUUGACACGGAACUGAUUAUUAAGCCGUGACGUCAUUUUCUCUGAUGUUGGUUACCAUGACCAUAUUUUAUGCUUUUAUUUUUUUAAAUAUCCCACUAAUCCAAUUUUAUAUCCUUUCAUCGUUAUAUUGUUUCAAACCAUUUCAUCUUUCACUUUAUAAUAGGUUAGUUACUGUCAUUUUGAUUAUAUGGUUAGAAGUAGAUAGUUACACCGAGGCGAGCGCCAAAUCCACAAUUUUUUAAUGUAGGUACCUAACUUAAAAAUUAAAUUGUGCGUGUAUUGAUUUAUAAAUAUGUCUAUACAAGUCAUCGUUAAUGUACCUACUCAUAAAUAGUUAUAAUUGUUGUUAUAUUUAGCUUUUAUUUUAUCGGUUGCUAUUCCUCGGCUCGAGUUAAUUAAACGGAUUGCGAUCAGUUAUAGCAACAUUUACCAGAGUAGGUACGCAAUAUUUUGUUUAAGGAAAAGGAGUAUGAACUAGCGUCACCUGGUGUUAAGUGAUCACCGCCGCCCACAUAUUCCUGCAACACUAGAGGAAACACGUUGCCGGCCUUUAAGGAAGGUGAACGCGCUUUUUUUGAAGGUACCCAUGUCGUAUCGUCCUGGAAACACCGCACAAGGAAGAUCAUUCCUCAGUUUUGUAGUACGUGGAGGAAAGCUCAGUCGUGGAGAACCGCCAUACAUCCAGAUGGCGAUAAUAUCGUAAUAUGUGGCGUGUCGUGCGAAGGUGGUAUUCAGCGGCAGGAAUCAGGUGAAACGACUCUUCGGAACACUCCCCGUGAUAAAUGCAAUAGGUAGUAGACACACAUUGAAGCGACGGCUCUAUGCAAUGCCAAGUGAUCUUGUUCACUGACCACUAGGCCCCCGGAAUGGCAUUUACUGUUACAAUAAUAUAAUAUAUAACAUUCAUAAGAAUAAUAUAAUAUUUAAUUAUACUUAUAUACAAAUGUAAAUGCAAUGUAUUACUUUGUAAGUAUAGAACAAAAAAUAGUUAUAUUUCGUAUUAUUUGUCUCGCCUUUGCUGAAGUUUUUACUUCACUUUUUUCACAGUUUUUUCUGUAGCAUGACGUAGUAUAAGUUAUAAAAUAAGCAAUAAUAAUAGAUAGGAUUACAUAGGUACGUAAUAUGAAGGUGAGCAGUGAUGAAGUACACCUGUGUAAUAUAUUAUAAGAAUCAAUCUGUCCAAUAGCGACGUAAAUACGUAAUUAUAUUGUGAUAGAUAAACAGACAACAUAGAUUGUAGGUAUGUAUACAUAUAAGUAAGUAGGUACCUAUCAUUUGAUGUAACCGUAAAUAUAAUACCUUUUUUGUGGGCUAGGAGUAUGUUAUCUGUAAAACCAUAUUUAUUGCAAAUGUUUACGUUAUUACUGAUAGGUGUUAAAUAAAGGAUAAUUGCGAUAAGUUUAAUAUGCAAUGCAUACCUAGGUGAUUGUUGUUCAGAAAACUCAAUCACGCUAAGAAAACCUAGUAGGUAUAGUUUACCUACCCAGGUAAACUAUGGUCGAAUACGCUUUUGGGUCGAACUAUUGUAGAUUAAUAAGUCAAAGUAGAAAUCAGUAAGAUAGUAAUAAAUAAU